CCUAGAAACAAUGUAGCACAGUGAGAUUACCGUGCAUUCGAUAUCGUGUAAAAACCGAGUGAUUUUGAAAUCGUUUACUUUACAACAUCAGGUAGGCAUAAGCGCAUAAGAGGGCGGUAUUGUAAUAGCGACUGCGCAAUCAAUCGAAAUAGCACGAUAUGGUAUAACGUAUGCAUGUGUAAGUACAAAUACACAAGGUGGGGGAUACUUUUUUUAGUGUCUCUCUCGUUUCAUUCGUUAGCUCGGGUUUUUAGUAAAUUCGCGUUUGCAGGAGCGACUUAUGAUGUUUAGUCACGUUUAAGUUCUCGACUAUACACUACUAGUAAGGAAAUGUCCAGGAUCCGCUAUACUGGGCUCUUCUCGUACUAAGAAGAACGCAGUAGUACGUGCUUGCAUGUGAAUGCGCCUCGAUUUUGUAUUUUUCUACGUUUCGCUGUGCCGUUUUCAAUAUGUGUUCAGUAUUCCUCUGAAAUUUCCACAACUCGUCGAUCAUAUGAAAAAUGUCGAAGCUCGGUGACAAACAAAGCUAUGCGCAGACAUAUAAGCUCGUCGUCGUUGGCGCGGGUGGCGUCGGAAAAUCUGCGAUCACGAUACAAUUCAUUCAAAGCUAUUUUGUAACCGAUUAUGAUCCAACAAUCGAAGAUUCUUAUACCAAACAGUGCGUUAUCGACGAUAUACCUGCGAAACUCGAUAUAUUAGAUACAGCAGGUCAAGAAGAGUUUAGUGCAAUGCGAGAACAGUAUAUGAGAAGUGGCGAAGGGUUUCUACUUGUAUUUUCGAUAACUGAGCUUUCAUCUUUUGAUGAAAUAUUAAAAUUCCAUAGGCAGAUACUUAGAGUAAAGGAUAGAGAAGAAUUUCCUAUGCUUAUGGUUGGCAACAAAGCUGAUUUGGAUUAUCAUAGAGUUGUUCAAGUUGAAGAGGCACAAAAUAGAGCUCGUCGAUUGAAAAUUCCAUAUAUUGAAUGUAGUGCAAAAUUAAGAAUGAAUGUUGACCAAGCCUUUCACGAGUUAGUAAGAAUUGUCAGAAAGUUUCAGUUAUCUGAAAGACCACCGCUUGAAUUAAACUAUAAAAAAAACAAAAAGAAAUGUUGUAUGUUGUAAUGCCUAAUGUGUUCUUAAUCAACUUAUUUUUGUACUAAUAAAAUGGUACAAAAGGGUUGAAUCAAAAUCGAAAUUGUGGAAUCAAUCAAAUCAUAAGGAUUAUUAUCUAUAAUUAAGUUGAAAUAGGAAUUUGAAAUCUGAAACAAGGGAUUGUUGAAGUGCUUUUGAAAAUAACACUUAGAUUACUUUAACUUGAAAUUUAUACACUCAAUUUGAAUCAAAGAGUGCUUUAAGCAAAUAUAAUAUUUUUGAGUAUGCUACAAAUACUUUGUACUCACUUCUAAAACGAAUUAAUACAAUGGUAUUUAUGAAAUGUGUAGUGUAAUAACAAAGUUCACAAAUCGUGUAAUUUUAAUUGUAUAAGAAAUAAAAAUAACUUGACGUAUUUUAUUAGAAGUAUAUUAGUAGCAAUGUAAGUUUUAUAUUAAAUAUAUUAAUAUAUUUAAUACUA